CGUCUACCGUCGGCCUGUGGUGUUCGUCUUCUCUGUCCUCCACCAUUCCGAUCGAGCGUUUGUUUCCUCAAGAAGAAAGAAAAAUAGAGACAAGGCAGCUCCCAAAACCCCAAUUGUUCAGCACCAUCCAUUCUUUCAUUCUUCCAAUUCUUUCUCUCUUUAGAGACGAAGAGAUCCCAUUUUUUUCGGACAAUCGCCCGUGGAUCUGAAGUGGCGGCGGCGGAAUGAUCUGAUCUCCCUCCAAAAUAACUAGUUAACUACUAAUUCAAUUCGAAAGGAGGAGCGGAGGGGAUCGGUCUCCAUCGAGGGAGGAUGAUGUCAACGAGGAGAAAAGGCAUGGCGCCGGCAAUGGCCAAGACGGCAUUCAUCCCGGUCAUAGAAUCUCCGACCGCCGCCGCCACCGCUACGGUGGAGGAGUGGGAGGUCCGGCCCGGUGGAAUGCUGGUCCAGAAGCGGGACCCCGACUCUGCCGCCGCCCCCGUUCCCGCGAUCCGCGUCCGCAUCAAGUAUGGCGCCGUCUACCAUGAGAUCUACCUCAGCUCCCAAGCCACCUUCGGGGAGUUGAAGAAGCUGCUGUCGGCGAGGACUGGGCUACAUCCCCAGGACCAGAAGCUGGUAUACAAGGACAAGGAGAGAGACUCCAACGCCUAUCUCGACAUCUCCGGCGUGAAGAACGGCUCCAAGAUGGUGCUGGUGGAGGACGCGGCCGCCCAGGCCAAGCGCUUUCUGGAGAUGCGCCGCCAGGCAAGGAUCGACAAGGCCUCCAAGUCCAUCUCCCAGAUCAGCCUCGAAGUCGACAAGCUCGCCUCUCAGGUGUCGGCAUUGGAGGCGAGCAUAUCCAAAGGAGGCAAGGUGCCGGAGAAAGAUGUGCUCAACCUCAUCGAGCUGCUGAUGACUCAGCUAGUUAAACUGGAUGGCGUCGUCGCCGACGGCGAUCUGAAGCUCCAGAGGAGAAUGCAGGAGAGGAGAGUGCAGAAGUAUGUGGAGACUCUGGACGUGCUCAAGAUCAAGAAUGCGCUGCCGAGGGCGGCCAAUCAGCGAACGCCCGCACGGCAACCGCAGAAGCAGCAGCCGUCGGUGGUGGUGACGACGAAAUGGGAGACGUUCGAUUCGCUGUUCUCGCCGACCGCCGUCCCCUCGACGGCGACGUCGGCCUCGGCCAGCUCGACCGCAUCAUCCGCUGCCACCCCAAGGUUCGAUUGGGAAUUGUUUUGAGUAUAGAAAAGAUAGACAGGAAUAAUCCGGUUAGGGGAAUCUUUGCCCGGCGUCGGGUGGAUGGACGGUUUCGUACGUGAUUGGGUUUGGUUGGUCUCCCCUCUAUUUUUUUCGUUUCCUUUUCUUUUUUACCAAUAAACCAAGCCUCCUCUACCGUUCUUUUACCUGUGUAUAUAUAGAAUGUGGAGGAGGUUUUGGUCUGUAAAUCUUCCCUAUUAGGGAAGGACGUUACAAAUAAAUGGGGUUAUGAUGAUGGAAAGCGAC